CUCAAAAACAAUAUCGGAAUGUGGUGGAUACAAUAUUGGAUGACAGUAAUUCACCACAAUAUAAUGGCCCCAAUGGCAGAACCGCUUUGCAUGCUGCAGUCCUUCAUGGUGACGCAGGAGUAGUGCGGAAGUUGGUGACAAGAAACUUAUCAGCAGCAAAACAAGCAGAUGAGAAUGGUUGGGUUCCACUUCACUUGGCAGAACUUUGUGUAGAUUCAGAUGUGGUAGAGGAGUUGGUAAGCAAAGAUAGCAGCACGGCACACAUGAGAGAUAACAAAGGAAGGAAGGCUCUUCACUUUGCAGCAAUUAUAAAUGCAGAUACGAUGAAAACAAUAUUAAAAUAUUGGCCCGAUUGUUAUGAAUUGGUGGAUGAACAGGGCUCAAAUGCUCUUCACUACACCGCGAUGGGAGAAAGUUGUUUCCUAUUUACAUUGCUAGAACAUAUCUUUGAAGUUGCGCCACUAAUAAGAAACUUGUGCAAUGAGAAAGAUGACGAUGGGAACACACCACUUCACCUCCUUGCCCAUCGAGCUCCAGAAUGGAAGAAAGACUAUGAUUCUUAUCAUCCUCUUUUAGAUCCACGGUUACCAAAUAUGUUUCAGUUCCCAAAAGUGGACAAACUGGCAUUUAAUAAAUAUGGUCAAACUGCUCUCGAUAUUGCUGUUGAUGUUGUGCCUCCAGAUUCAGCUUCUGAGAAUGCAAUGUUAAGGAAAUUGAAAACUAUUGGAGCAAAGUUAGGAGGACGAGUUCUGGAUAAGCACCUUAAAGAGAAGAAACAAGAGAAGAGGGCUGUUGGUGGAAAGGAGAAACAAUACAAGACAAAUAGUCAAGAUCUUUUAGCUAGAACAACAACAGCCUACGCUGUAGUGGCAACUUUAAUUGCAACGGUGACAUUUACUGCAGGAUAUACAUUGCCUGGAGGACUGAUUCAAGAAGGGGAACAUAAGGGCUCUCCCAUAUUAAGGUAUAAUGCAGCUUUCAUCGCAUUUGUUGUUGCAGAUUCUCUCUCAUUCAUGCUCUCUAUUUCUACUGUUUUUUUCCUAUUUUUUAUAUCAACAAUUCCAGAAGUUGAGGAUGAGGUGGACGAGGAACUUCGUGAAUUCCUGCUUAGUACUUGUGGGUUUUUAACCAUGGGGGCAAUGGCAUUUAUGAUCAUAGCAUUUGGGACAGGCAUAUAUGUUGUCCUGGGUGUUUCUAAAGGUUUUGUUUCAUAUGUAUGCCUCAACGCAUCUUCCCCACCCCAGCUGGCGCGCUCUGCUCUCGCCCUCUGUGCAUGCACAAUUCCUCAAUCUCUCUCCCUCGACGCGCACACACUGUUGCCUCAACGUGGCUUUGAUGGUAUGGAGCGUUCAUGGAAGGCCUUGAGGGAAUCUCAUGUAGUUUUUCUGAACCCACCUGAUCCUCUCUUGUGCGGCGGUGUCAAGCUCUUGUGA